ACACCGCUCCCAUCCCAUCGCGCAUCCCCGAGGGCUUGAUGUGAUGGCCAUGUACAAACAGGCGAAGCUGGCCACCCAGCGCCUGCCCGACGCCUUAUCGCAGCCGCCGGGAUGGCUGGGCAUGUACGGCGACUUCAUCACCAAGAACGCCAGUGCCGUGUCGCAAAUCGAGUCUGCGCUGCGCUCGCUGACCUACAUCAUUCCCGGACGCUUCAGAGAAUCAGAAAUCGCAUCUGAGUCGCUGCACAGCGGCGUCCAACUCCUCUCCCUCUACCAUGAUUCCCUCCUCGCCAAAGCCAUCGCGCGCCUGCCCGGCACCCCGAAGCAGCACCCCUCCCCGCACAACCGCUACACCAAGUUCUGGAUCUCCACCUCGCCGACCUACAAGCGCAUCGCGCUGCUGCUCCAGAUGAUCCAGUACACCGAAUUGCUCUGGGAAAUGGCCGCCAAGCGCCGCGGCGAGAAAGUCCGGUGGCGCGUCGUCGUCGUGCUCGAAGCCGUGAAGGCUCUAUGCCGCCUGCUCCUGCUGCGCCUGACGAACUCGCGCCCGCUGCUCAGCCCGCCGCUGCCGCAGCGCGAAGUCGACCCCUCGUCGCUGGAGGAGAGCGCCGCGUCGCCGGACGGGAUGGACACGCCGCCGAACGAGAGCGAGGUCGAGGCCGAGAAUUGGGCGAUGCCGCGGACGGGGCUGAGUCUGCCCAGCUUGCCGGAUUCGGGGGAUAUUUCGAGUUAUCUGCUCUCGAAGGUGCUGACGGCGGAUGACAUCAAGCCGCCGAAGGCGCUGCUGCAUCGUGUGAGCGGGAAAGGGGAGUUGGCGGAGUGCCUCUAUAUUAUUCGCCCGGUUGUCUAUGCGCUGGCGAUGCAGCAGUGGAGAGGCGACCGAAAGACGUGGAAGCCGUGGUUGCUGGGCUUGAGCAUCGAGUACGGCGCGCGCCAGCUCGCGAAGAAGGACUUCCAGGAGCGGCUAGCCGGCGGGCUGAGGGGCCUGACUGGUCUUGAAAGGGAAGAGUUGAAGAAGAGGGGGUGGGCGCUUGGGUGGUGGAUGAUGAGGGGUGCCUUUUAUGAGAACAUCACGAAGGCCUGGAUCCACUCCAUCACUGGCAAACUACGCGGCAAACCCCUCCUCGAUAUCGUGGGGACCGUCAUUGAAGACUACGAGUUCCUGUGGGACCAGUAUUACUUCCCGACUGCUACGUUAUAGCCUGUUUUCUUAGUCAUAUACAGUGUUUGGGUCUCGGAACUGAUUUUGGCCUUUGAAGCCGGCGUUUUGUAUGAGUAAGAGUAUGGGAAACGGGUCGAACGUACUGGAUCUAGGGCCAGGCUAGUGUGGCAAGGUGCAUACAAAGGUUGGGAUAGGUAGGUGCAUAGGGGUAAUAUAGUAUUCUGCACGCG